AGCUGAUUUCCCGUCACAAUUCCCACGCCCGACCGCUGACACGGCACGCUGCCUCGCUCCGGCCCUUCCAGCCAUCGCUAGGCCCCAUACGGACCCCCGCUCCUACGAGAUCAUCCUCUCCUUCUUCGUCUUCCUCCUCUUCCCGAUCGGCCUCGUCCAUUGGUGCUGAGAAUUUCAGGGAGCAAGAUGAACCAUCGCCAGCCGGAGCAUGAGCCCCUCGAGCAUUUCCAAACACCGCUUGCAGACCGCUUGUUGUGGCAUCAGUUCAAUGAGGAAAGGCAGUUGCGGUACGGCAUUCAGCAGGUGAACGUGCCAGCGCCCGGGGUUGGUGAUCUGGCGGCGUACUCAUUACUUUGCGAUCGGCUGACGUAUGUGGAGGUGUACGCGGACGUGACGCAGUUGCCUGGGCGGGAGACGACUCGAGUGUUCAUCGAGUUCCGCGCGCUCCAAGUGGCACCCAACUUCGUGCAUAGCGUCGCCACCUUUAUUGGCGACUUGACAAUCCUGCCACCGCCGAGUCGGGAGCUGGCGCGAAGUUUUGUGCGCGAGUACACGGUGCAGGCGGCCAGAUCGGUGGCCAGAGUGCAAGGACGGGGGGGACACCGAUUCACAACCCACGAAACGCUGUUGCGCAGGGCAGAGGACGGACCGAUCGCGUUGGUCCCUUAUCCUAUGCGCGAGUUUUCGGAGUAUCUGGUGGAGCUAACUGACGUGGAACCGCUGCCUUUUGCAGACGAAGACGCGUGGGAAUUGCACCGUGCGCUGUACAAGUCGGUGGCGUUGGGGAUGUUCCGAUUCUUCGUGGAUCACGAAGACCACUGCAUCGGGGAGCACUUCGUCGUCUAUUACGUCAUCACACGACCCAAGCCSGCGCAGAAGGAGGGGACGGUGGCACUGUACCCAUUCGCCCAGCUCCAGUCGAUCGAUCCGGGAUUGUUGGAGCUCAUACAUCUUGAGCUCCUCUCCAUUGCGCAAGUGAUCGCGAGCGAGGAAGAAGAGAUCCAGCCACGAUUGCGGACAGCGACGGCCCCGCGGAGAACGUACAAUGCGGUCGUCAUCCCGGAUUACRUUGCGCAGCGCGCGGAGAGGUUGGAGGACUUCCCGGAGGAAAAGCCGUUGCGGCCUCCCUUGUCGUAUCCCCGACCGGCGCCACCCAAGGCCCYCAAGAAGACGCCGAAGAGGAAGAGACGCCACCUGUCGCCAGGAGCGCAAGGCAGCAGAAUCGGUGGCGGCGAGGAGGUGAUUCAGCCCGCGCGUACACAGAAUCUUGACCCCGCGCCUGGGAGUGCGGCGACACUCGUUAAGGCGAUUGCCGUGCCAUCGCCGCCCUUCAYGCCCGUGCCCGAUCUCAAUCUUGAUGGAGCCGGGCCAUCAUCAUCAGCAKYAACCGGAGGAGGAAGCCGAAUGGGAAUACCGGAUCCCAUAUCCAGAUCCCCCGUCCUCGCGGGACCUCUCCGCUCCCGCCAGCCACCCGGGGGUGCCCUGAUCAUUGACAUUAGCAGUUCCUCCGAGCCGGACGGUCCAUCCGACAGAGGUGGAUUGGAUUUCAUGGUGGAGCCCACCACCAUCAGGCUCGAGGCCAUCGYGGGGGCACYGCGCCCUGAUCCGGCGUGGGAGCCAUAUCUGACACCCCCUUUCCAAGSGUGUAUUGCGGCGCGACUGGCUGGGACGCUCAUCUACGAGAUCRGGCAGCGUCCCAAUGUGAUGUACCACUUCCUUGUCUUCGCGGCGCAGAAGCGGGAGAGGCUGCCUUACACCGAGACUCAUGUGGUGAUAACGGGUCCAGGGCCCCAAUCGGUGCGCAAGCGGGUGGUGCGAGCGGUGGCGGAUCUGGCGCCACGUGUCCUGUCUCAUGUGCCGGGGGCCUUCCUCUAUCCCUUGUUUGUCCAGCACCACUUCCAGGAGGCGCCGACGACUCCCACGGCAAUGGCUGCUUUUCUUCCACCUAUUCUGCCCCCUCUCAAUCCUGACAUCGAUCACUUUCUCUGAUCACCCUCGUCUACCUCUCCCCGCUUCUCUCCUUCUCCUUCUCUUCAUCAUCUUCUUCUCCUAUGCCCAAAGUUCGC